GUUUAUUAACGGUCACUGUAGCGUCGGUUUUUACUUUUUAACUCUAACGGACGUGACUCGACAGUUUAUAACACCGUUGUUAAUCCCAUCCAGCUCGUUUUAUCUGUCUCUCUCUGUCUCUCCUCCGGGUUUUGUGGCGGCCUCUCUCCGCCGUGCAAUGGGAGGGAGCGUGUCUGUCUGUCGGUGGGCGGUUACAAACGCUGCGUGAUUCACAAACCUUAUUUGUUCCCACUACUUUGAGCGCCAUCUUGUUUGUAACUCUCCCUACGUAAGUGGUAGAGUUUCUGCUGAGGGGGUAUCCGAUUACCCGUUUUCCAGCUUCAGACUGGGAACCUCUCCCCUUGUAGUAACUCACUCCGUAGGGCGCAUACUGCAUACUCGCUUUAUCCGCCUUUCCCCUCUUUUUGAAAAAUCAAGCCACAGUGUUUUCCCCAACUUGGACAGAAAUGAGCAUCGAAACGCUUCUGGAGGCGGCCAAGUUUUUGGAAUUGCAAGCCCAGCAACAACAGAAAGCACGUGAGGAUGAACUAAAGGAAAAGCAGCGUCUGGAGCAGUUGGCAGAGCAGAGGCACUCAGAUGUGAAGUAUAAGCCAACAAUCCACAUCAACAAUGUUUGUAAAGCAGAGGAUCUCCACACUGAGUGCCGCCAAGCGCCCAUACCACCCUCUCUGCCUCUUCCCUCCAUGCCCAUCACCGUCAUCCCCAUCCCAGUGGUCACCCCCAACCCUACAGGCUCACCCACUCUGCCAGUCGCCACGCUCUCCCCUCCGGCAGCAGCACCACCUGCUGCUACUCUGCCACUCUCUCCACAACCCAAACCCGAACACCUGAACUCUGUGCUGACCGCUAACCACAAGCAGCUGAUACAGAACCACCAUCAUCACCCACAGCUCAUCGCCCAGACUAACACUAACACUAAACUACAGCAGCAGACACACCAGCAGCUGGUUCAACGCUACCCUGGUUCCAUCGUCUCACCUCCCCAACAACACGCCUUACUCCCCCAGUCGGGCCCUGCUGUGCUCCAGCAGGCUCCUCUACAGAACGGUCCCAUCAGCCGGGGGAGUCCUCCUGAUGACGGCCGGCACUUAGACAACAAGAAGAGGCCUGGAGGGGCAGGCACAAGAGAGGCGCAUAACAACCUUGAGAAAAACAGACGGGCACACUUGAAAGAGUGCUUUGAGACGCUGAAGAAGAACAUCCCCAACAUAGACGAGAAGAAGACCUCCAAUCUGAGUGUGCUAAGAAGUGCGCUGAGAUACAUUCAGACAUUGAAACGGAAAGAGAAGGAGUACGAACACGACAUGGAGCGGCUGGCCAGAGAGAAGAUAGCCACGCAGCAACGAUUAGCAGAGCUGAAGAACGAGCUGAGCCAGUGGAUGGAUGUGAUCGAGAUCGACCGCGUUCUCCGUCAGACUGUACAGCCAGAGGAGGACCAGGCCUCGACCUCCACCGCCUCAGAAGGUGAAGACGUUAUGGAUGAAGACCUAGAAGAUGAGACGGCGCCGAGAGCGCAGGCUGCCUUACCCACCGUGCCUCAAACCAUGAAACCCGAGCUGCACAAGAAUGCAACACCCACUCAGACCCCGACCCUGACACCCUCCACCACCACCACUACCUCCUUCAUCACCCAACACAUCUCUAUCCAGCACAAAACUCCUCUGCACCAGCCUCAGCUCCAGCCACUGCCAGUGACGCUUCCACAGCCGGUGUCCAAGCCUGCAGCUCCACCCACACUCACAGCCACGGCAUCCUGCACUCCCGCCACCCCCAGUCAGCCCCUGAUCCCCACCCAGACACAAAUGGUGACCAUGCCCAGCCUACACCCCACAGUUAUCGCCCACGCUUCAGUGUCCCAUCCCUCAGUCAUCCAAGCAGUCAAUCACGUCAUCCAUGGUGGGGGUCCCAAACACAUUGCACACCUGGCUCCCUCCACCACCACCAGCUCUGUCCAGUUAGCCCCCGGCCACCAACCCAUCGGCCACAUCACCGUGCACCCGGUGGCUCAUCUGAGCCAGCAUCUACCUGCCCUCUAUCCCCAACCGGUGGCCGUCACACAACCAGCUGUCGUCGGUCACAUCACCCACACCAUAAACCACACCCACCCUCAGAUGAAUGGCACCGCGCCUGGCCAACCGGCUGCCACCAUCGUUGGUAAACAGACAGCUGUGAGCACCCAAAUGGUGGCCCACCACCCUCAGCUGGUGGGUCAGACGGUGCUCAAUCCUGUGACAAUGGUGACCAUGCCCUCCUUCCCCAUCAGCACUCUGAAGCUGGCCUGAACACUGCCAACAGGACCACCAUGCUGGACGCGGAGACGCCCCCUCGAUAGGGGAGAACCACAGGCCUCAGACCAGGUCAUUGACGAGGCUACAGUGAGGGCAGGAGAGCUGCUGGACACCUCGCUGAUCCACAAGAGUCUCACUAUCAUUCAGAAGCACUGCAGCUGAUAUAAUCGCCGGGAACAUUCCUCAGACAAAAUGCAAACCUCUUUCAAUACUAGUCAACCACAGCGACCUGGAUGAUCCUAAAUUUAGGACGUGUCAGGCUGAAUGUGGUUGAUAAUCAUGUUGAGAGUGUGUGUGGCAGUGUACAGUGGGUAGGUGUGUCGUUUCAGACCUCCGUUGUUGCAGAUAAUGGAGCAGUUAGUCAAUUUCACAUGAGAUUUACAGCUUCUUACAGGGAAAUGUUGCGCUGCGUCCAUGACAGCAGCCUGUUACAGUCUUAAUGUAGGUUCCCGGGCUGGUAGCUUGUCUCCCCCGCUAUCACUGUGACUGCUGUGGAUUAACAAAUAUCAGAUCAUGUACUCGAGAGGCUACAUUGGGUUUUGAGGGCUGUGGCAGUGUAGGAUCAGAGUGCUCAACCCGCCAUAACCACCAGCACAUUAGGAAUGUGAUUUAGAGGAGCUCCUCCUCUCCAUCAGAGGCACAUGCUGCACGACUGAAGCGAAACCACGGACUGAACUCGCGCUCCUGAACCGGAGCUGCAGUCCUCAGUGAUGGUGCAUACAGCAAUAGCUCCCUCUGCUGGAUUAUUGUGUUCAGUGUAACACUACUAUCCCCAUGACGAUGAGUUUUGACAGGGUUUCGUUCCUGAUCUCUAGUUUGUCCUUCAAACAUACUCACGAGUGUACACUGAGCACAAUUACAAAGUAGCGUUUUAGGAUCAAGUUAUGUUUUUGUCAUAGCUGCUAAUAUAUUUUAAAAUAUCUUUCGCCAAAUAGAAUCACUUUGUACAUUGACAUGCCUCUCCCCACACACAUACACACACCACAACAGACAGUAGUGUGUGUUUAAACGUCUGAGAUAAAACCUCAAUGUCAAAUCAGAUGCUACACAGUGAACGGAGUUGAAUGUGAAUACAUAAAAGGUCCAUUAAAUAUAGUAAAGCGGGUUUCUAUGGUGACUCAAAGGGCAAAUGGUUGUAGGAUGUGUGUUUGCAUGCUGUGAAUGAAUUUGUUAAUUCAGUGAUCGUGUUUGAAAGUGAGGACCCAUGACAGUGCUGUCUGUCUUUGUCAAGUUGCAGUAGGGAUGUACAAACGCUCUGUCAUUCAUAAUUUCGGGUUGGGAUCACUAUGAAGUGAUUUCUGCCACAAAUUCAAUCAUUGUCUGUGUUUCUUUUCUUUUCUUUUUUCUCCAAAGUUAGCACUGUGAACAUUUCUAUUAGUUUCAAUGAGCAGCAGACCUGCAGUUAAUCAUAGCACUUGCUAAAAUGGCAACAUGCUGUGCUCUCCUAAUUUAAUCUGAAUGUACUGACCUGUGAAAGGAUGUUUAGUAUCGCACUCAUCAGAAGUUAAGAAGCCCUUUUUUAAAAAAACAAAAAAUAAAUAAAUGUGACUACUUUCAGUAUCACGUGUAAGUAAAGUGUAACAUUUAAAACCAACUUUGUAUUUUAAGAUUUACUGUUGCUUGUUUCAUCUGGAGAAUAACUUCUGUUCAGUGUAAAAUUGACAAUAUAGAUGUUUUUUUUUCUGGGACCAUGUACAGUGCUGUAUAUCAGGGGGUGACGACUACACAGACCUCUUCCCACAUUGAUAUCACAUUUGGCCACUUUGGAAAGUAUUCACCCUUUAUUUUUUUAUGUAUUUUGUUCUGACACAGUAUGAUUAUUUUAUGCAAAUUAUCCUUAUCAAAUGCAUUCUGAAAUCAUAUUGUAACAAAACAAAAAGUGUAAAAAUGGACAGGGAUUCAGAUACUUAAAGAAGCAACAAUAUACUCGUCUGUUUUCCCUAUGGAGAAAGUUUAAGUUGUGUAUAUAGCCUGUAAAUGUUGGGCUGCAUUUAGAUCUAACUGUAUCAUGUAAAAAUUUAUAAAAAAAAAGAUACUUAAUAAAUUGUAUUAUGUUUA